AUGGAUUUGUCCUGGUGUCCAGCUUGUGACAGACAAGUCUUUGCCAUGGACUCUUUGUACUGCAGCGAAGAAUGUCAACGCCAAGAUGCUAUAUCCCUGCCUAAUCCUUCAAGUCUAUCAAAUUACACCUUUCCAAGACGUCACAGUCCGAAAAAUUCCUACUCUGCGUAUACAUCUCCUUACAUAACACCUUAUACCUCCCCCAUCGGAUCUCCACUCUCGUCACCAAUGCUAUGCUCCACACGAAGAUACGAUGACUUUGAAGCAUAUGAUGACUUAUCAGCUUCACCCGAGGAUUUACUGUUGUCAAGUCGGUAUGGUCGAAGAACACAGAAUACCUCGCAGGCAGGAGGAAAAUAUGAGGGAAUAAACGAUGAAGAAAUGUGUCUAACGGUAGUCCACAUGAGUGCUGUUGUUACCGCCGCCAAAACGACAGUCACCACAAUAACGGUAGAGACACGAGAAGUACAACCGGUUCCAGUGCUUAAGAAGAAAAGGUCUCUCGUUGAAAAUGCCUGGCGCAUGCUCUUCAAUUAA